CAAAAAACAAACGUAAACAGCUAAACAGUCAAAAGCAGAAAAAACAUUAAAAAAUAUUAGGUAUCAGUCAAUCACAAUAUCAAAAUGGAAGGUUAUGCUUUGCAGAUGCUUCGGAUGUAUCUCUGUAUGUACCUUGGAGUGGCAAGUUCGACGGUAAAAUGGAAGAAGAAUUGAACACAAUUGAAAAAAUACAUAGAAGGAAUAUGAAACAGUUCAAGGAAUUAAAAGAUUCCGUGAAGGCAUUACCAGUAUUUGACAUUGUUUCUCCUGUUAGUGUGGAUCAUUUUAAACAAAUCAAAAGACAAUACCUACAGGAAGAAGAUGAUGGCUUCAGUACAGUCGAAAAAUACAACUCUGAAUACAAUUCGUUACUAGAACAAGAGGAUGAACUGUUAAAUGAAACUGGCAAACUACAGAAACAGUCAAAAAGGUUAAAGUUAGAUAUUGAACGAACUGAAAAAGAAUACAGUAUGCUCAAAAAAAUGUAUCAAGAACAAAAAAGUGCCUUACAUGUUGCAAAAAAUUUAUACGAAACUAGUUUUGGAAUACGGAUUAAUGUCACAGAUAAAACUUGUAAUGAUAAAUUUACAGCAACCGUCUGUUGCCAUGAGGAAAAUUUCCCAGUUAAAUUUUUAAUGAGUCGAACAAGCAGAACUGUAACAGAUUUUGAUGCAAGUUAUUUUCUGACACAGGAGGAAUCAGAAGACUUAAAAAAUGAAUUUAACCAAUCAUCUGACCCCCUAGCGCUUAUUUGUGCAUUAAAGGAGAAGGUCACAAAUAAACUGAAUUGAUUUUCAUUUUGUUUGAACAUAAACACAUUUUUUUGUAAAUAAUUAAUGACGUUUAGUUAGUGUACAUAAUUUUAUAUGAAAGUAUAAAUUA